AUGGAUUUUAUUGAAGAUGAUGUGACAUGGAGCCAAGGUGCAUCCCUGCCUCCUUUGCAGCUGACAGAUUCUGAGAGAUCAGAUCUUAUUCAGAAUUUGGCAGCUCUUCCUCAGUUACAAUCUCCAAACUCCAUUAUUUCAGAACCCCUAAAUCCUUACAAUCAAAAAGAGAAAACAGAAAAUAAGAGAAAGAACAAAAUUAAUUUUGGAUCAGAUCAUGGGUCAAAUUCUGAUUCGAAUGAGAGCCCAAGACCCCCAGGAUGGGCUCCACUCCAGCUCUCUCCUUUAGUUGGAGGGGAACUAGAAGGACACAUAUCUCAGAAAGUUUAUACUUUGAAUGAACAAAAAGUGCCUCUGCUUGUGAAGAAAUCAUGGGACAUGCUCAGUCAUUUCAUGGAUGUACAAGGAGUCCCUGAACCAGAGAUCCCCAAAACUCAUCUACCUACACCCAUUCCUCAGAGGGCUGUGCAAAAUACCAAACAAUUCCAAGACCUUCCAUCAUUUCACCUCCAUGUGAACACUGGAAUGAAUGCUAAAUUAAAUAGAACAGAAGACAAGAGGUCACAAUCACUUACCUCAAGCGACCAGUUUAAAUCUGUGGAUGAUCCCCAAAUUCUUAGAUAUAAGCCUUUGGUUGUAUCAACGGGCACUCCACCUCCCAGAGGUUUAGGAGUUAAUAUAAUUCAAGAAGAAACCACUUUACUGAAAAAGGACCCAAAGCAUGUGCUGGAACUUAGUAUAGAGCAGAGGGUCACAGGCCUUCCAGAAAAAAGAAUACAGCCACAUAAGAUGCAAGUGACUAAUGUGGAGUUGACACCCAAGAUACCAUGUUUAGCCACAGAGAGCAUAAAGCCACCAAAUCCAGUGAAAACAAUGAGUGUAACCCCUAUACCACCAGAUCAAGUAACUGAAUCCAUGCAGGUAACUCAGAACCAAGCUAUUGAAUCAACGACUAUAACUUCAAGCUUGAACCAAGUCACAGACAACAUGAAGAGUUUGCUAGAGAAGGGUCCACGUUCUAUGUCACAAACUUCAGUAGCCAAAAACUAUAUUCAGAGGCAUAUUUUAUGCCAUGGUCUUGAAAAAAGACUGCCCCUAAGGAUGUGGACACGUGGCUCCCCAUCUUCCAUAAUUCAACAAUACUCUGGGACUAGACUGGGAAUAAAGAAAACAAACUCAAAGAUCACUGAUGUAGUCCAAACAAUCUCUCAGAACAUGCCUGUCAUGCCUCUCUCAUAUUCAGGGGUCCAGAUUCCCACCUUAGUAAAGUCAGAGUCUGCUCUUAGGAUAUUUUACAAUAGAGAAGAUACUAUUCCCGUGGAAGAGAAUAAAAACUCACAGAGUGAUUCACAGACAAGGAUUUUUGAGUCCCAACACUCCCUCAAGUCAACUUAUCCUUCCAAAGUCAAGGCUGACUUCUCAGAACAGUUCCACAUGCUAAAAGAUCUGCAGCUAAAAAUAGCAGCAAAACUCUUAAGGAGUCAAAUACCCCAUAAUGUCCCUCCACCUCUAGGUUCAGGUCUUGUCCUAAAAUAUCCUAUCUGCUUGCAGUGUGGCCGGUGCUCAGGAUUUAAUUGCUGUCAUAAAUCACAGUCUACUUUGGGGUCUUAUCUUCUUAUCUACCCACAACUCCACCUUUCAAGCACUCCCGAAGGCCAGGGUGAGCUUCGGUUGCAUCUUGGCUUUAGAUUGCGAAUGGGGAAGAAGGUCACUGUAUCACCAUCACAAAGGAAAGCUAAAAUCUAUAAUUCAGUUUCCAAGAAUCCUCCUCCUUCAAGAUAUUUCCAGUCUGGAUCUUCCCAGUCCCCACCUUCUGCACAAGUCCACAUUAGGCAAAAGCAUGGUGUGGUAGGAAAGAGAGAAAUCAAAGAGUCUGGGCACUAUGAAUUCUGUCAAGUUCAUCCCUUAUCAGAGAGUGGCUUUGAACGUAAUCGGGAUGACAGAUGGGCAAAAGUGCGCAUCAAAAAGAGCUCUGACUUGAAAUAUCCAAUGAAGAGAGUCACCAAGGGACUCAGAACACAAAACACAAAGCUCUCCAAAGACAGUACUGGAGAACUGCCAGACCCUUUAAGAAGGAAGAAUAUUGAAAUAACUCAAACAAGUACUGCUUCCUCAAAAAGGCAACCUAAGAAAUCUUCCCAGCCCAGGUUCAUGCAGCUGCUUUUCCAGGGUCUGAGGCAGGCAUUCCAAUCGGCAUAUAGAAUGGUAGCAGCUACUGGACAAAAGUCUAAGCCAGACAAUUUGUUGUCAAGCAGAAACUACCAUCCAAAUCCAAAAGUCAAGGAUUAUCACUUACCAGGAAAUAGCAACCUGCCAGCUCCAACCACUAAGCAAGAGGACCUAUUACAGGGAACAAGUGACAAAUGCAGAAAAGCUCAACAGCCAAAAAGAGCAAGUGCUUCCCAACCCAGAGUUCUCCAAGUGCCCGAGACCAUAGUCUCUGAAACAGACAUCACUAUACAAACGACCUCAAGCCUACAGCCUUUGAGUGUAGUUCAAAAUGUCCACAGGAGAACAGUUAAAAACUUUUGUAGUGACGAAAUCUCCGGCCUAGAGCCCAAGAACAUUCUCAAACCAGGAGCCAAAUUUCAGGCCCAAGAGAGAAUUCUACCAGGUUCCCUUUUGGAGAAAACCCUACACUUUACAGAUGGACACACACACAAAGAAGGGAACCAGCACAGCUUGUACAGGGGGGAGAGCCCUCUGCACCCAACUUUCUGAAAGGAGCCAUCGAACUCCCCCUGGGAGGAGACACCGAAGUCCCUCGGGGAGAAAGCAUGGCAGUUCCUCUGAGAGAAUCCUUAGAAGUCGCUCUGAGGGGCGCCAUCACAGUCCCUCCACGAGGAGACCACCCAGGUCCUCUGGGAGGAGCCCUCGCAGUCCCUCCGAGAGGAAACGACACAAGGGCCCACACAGUCAUUCCCACAGGCGCCAGCACAGUCAUGAGAGAAGUCCCAGUCCCUCAAAAAGGAGCCAUCUCAGUCGCAAAUGGAGGCCAAGUUACAGCCCCUCAGACAAGAGCCAUGGCAGUCUCGCUGACAGAACCUUUUCCAGUCCCUUUGGCAUGAGAAGACACAGUUCCUCUGGAAGAAGCCACCACAGUCCCUCUAGGCGGAAGUCGCACAGGUCCUCUGGGAAGAUCCAUCGCAGCCACUCUCAGAGAACUCAUUACAGCCCUUCCGAGAGGGGUCAGCGCUAUCACUCCGAGAGGCACUCACACAGUCCCAAGGAGAGGCUUCAGCACUGUUCCCCGCAGGAAAGGUCCAGGCACAGUUUGUCCAAACAGCUCAAGACUUAUUUUAGUAUGCCUCCUAGGGAUCACAGUAAGAAAUCCAAAAGCUGGGCACGUUCAGAGGCCUGAAGUUAGUAGAUCAGGGGAGAUAUGCCCCUAUUAGAGAGAUCUCAAGUCUUCACCUAGCUGCCCCUUCCUGCCUUCUUUCCUGCUCAGCCACUGCCUCCAGGUGUGCACCCCCAGCCAUGAAAGGGCUUGACCUGGGGAGAAGGGUGAGAAGGGGUCUGUAAUUUCGCCAAGAUCAAUAAAGGGGCAAUGAAUGAACUCUGCAUCUAUGAGACCGCUGGUGUGGUGGGUGGGUGGGACUCCGGGUGCUGCAAAGCCGUUCUACGGCCGAGUGACAUCCCUUGCCUCCGCCCAUUGGCUCCAACCCUCCCCUGGACCCUCAUCCGCGGCCCCCGUUGCGACGGGCCGGCGGGGUCUGCAAGGAAUCAGAUGGUGACUCAUCACGUGACUUUUCCCAGCCGCAGCCCUCCCCACUCCCCUCUCCCGGCUCCUCGGAAACUGCUAGGCGGAAGUAGACGUUCUGAACAGGGCUAGGCGGCGCCGAGACCACAUCCGGAAGAGGCGAGGAGAGCGGAAGUGGCGUUGGUCUGGCCGGAGCCCUUGGGUGAAAUUGUUAGGCGUGGAGGGGGAGUGAUGUCUUCCAGACUCGGUGCAGUCCCCGCCACCCCGGGACCCACAUCUUUUAAGCAGCAGAGGAGCGCCAGGAUCCUGGGAGCUAAGAAGUAAGUGAGGUUUUCUGAGGACCUUUUGUAAUUGUGUAGACGGCGCUGAUGAAAAUAUUCUGCAUCUGCACUGACCAGUAUCAUAGCCACCAGCCAGAUGUGGCUUUGGGCACUUGAGAUGUGGCUA